UAAGGGUAUGUACGUACGUACGUACGUACGUGUAGCCAGAGAUAUGUAAGUACUUGUACUUUAUCUCUGGUGUAGCUAGCUGCUGUUCUCGCGAAAAUGGAUAAUGUAACUGUACAUAUACUUGCCAGAGAUGGUGACUUGACUGCUAUGCGAGCUGCGAUUAGAAGGGGAGAUGAUGUCAACAGUGUGAGUUUUGAGUGUACUCCAUUCUAUUGGGCAGUCAUGGGAGGUCACACUGACUGUGUUACAGAGCUGCUCUCCUCAGGAGCCGUAGUGAACCUGACUGAUGAGUUUGGGCGUACUCCACUCUGGGGGGCAGCCAACCAUGGUCACGCUGACUGUGUUAGAAAGCUGCUCUCCUCAGGAGCUGUGGUGGACCUGGCUAGCAAUGAUCAUGGGUGGACUCCCCUCAGGAUGGCUGCCAGUAGUGGUCACAUUGACUGUGUUAGGGAGCUGCUCUCCUCAGGAGCUGUGGUGGACCUGGCUGACAAGUAUGGGCGUACUCCACUCCAUGGGGCAGCCAGUGGAGGUCACACUGGCUGUGUUAGAGAGCUGCUCUCCUCAGGAGCCAUGGUGGACCUGGUUGAUGAGAAAGGAUGGACUCCACUCUUUUCGGCAGUCAUGGGAGAUCACACCGACUGUGUGAGAGAGCUGCUCUCCUCAGGAGCCGAGGUGGACCUGGCUAAGAGUGGGUGCACCCCACUCUAUAUGGCAUCCUUCAAUGGUCACACCGGCUGUGUUAGAGAACUGCUCUCCUCAGGAGCUGUGGUGGACCUGGCUGAUGAGGUUGGGGACACUGCACUCAUAAAGGCAGUCGAAAUGGGAGAGGAAGAUACUGUAAGGGAGCUUCUCUCAUCAGGGGCUUCCGUUUUCUGCAGUAAUUCAGAUGGAGAGACUGCUUUGAUAUUGGCCAAGUCAUGCCCUUCAGUAUUAAAGCUUUUGGAGGAAGCUGCUGAAUCACAUCAAUAAUGCGUCAUGUGUGUUUUUAGUUCAAGACUUUUGUGUGGAACGAAUAAAAAAAUAUAAUGUAUUAUUACUUUCACCGAUAUAAGAUUAUUUUCACUGAUAUAA